AUCUCUGAGUUACGGAGCUAUAGGAGUAAUUGUUGGACAUGAGUUUACACAUGGAUUUGAUAAUAAUGGUAGAAAAUAUGAUAAAAAUGGAAACCUGGAUCCUUGGUGGUCUGCUGACUCAGAAGAAAAGUUUAAAGAAAAAACAAAGUGCAUGGUUAACCAAUAUAGCAACUACUAUUGGAGGAAAGCUGGCUUAAAUGUGAAGGGGAAGAGGACCCUGGGAGAAAAUAUUGCUGAUAAUGGAGGUCUGCGGGAAGCUUUUAGGGCUUACAGGCAGUGGAUAAACGACAAGAGGCAGGGAGUCGAAGAGCCUCUGCUCCCAGGCAUCGUCUUCACCAACAACCAGCUCUUCUUCCUGAGUUAUGCUCACGUGAGGUGUAAUUCCUACAGACCAGAAGCUGCCCGAGAACAAAUCCAAAUUGGUGCUCACAGCCCCCCUCAGUUUAGGGUCAAUGGUGCAGUUAGCAACUUCGAAGAAUUCCAGAAAGCCUUUAACUGUCCAUCGAAUUCCACGAUGAACAGAGGCCUGGACUCCUGCCGACUCUGGUAGCUGGACCGUUGGUUUAUGCCAUCCCAAGAGCCACGCAGUACCAGUAGAGGCCACACGGAGCGCUCGUCGCCACUGCUGUCAGCCUGUAUUCCCUGCCCCACCCCCCAGGACUCAGUUUUUUAGUGCAUCUUCCAUAUUUGGGUGUUGGUUGGAUCAAAACAGUAUAUUCAAAUUGUAGGGCUCAAAAAAUGGAAUCUAAGAAGGGAUCUCAGUAUGUUUCUUUACAAAACCAGACUAACAGAAAUAAAUCUCUAGGCUACUUUUGUUAAAACAUUAUCUGCUAAAUUGUUGCUCUUGCCCAUUUUUAGUGUGGAAACAGCUAGGUGGUAUAUACCAUCUAAGCCACAGCUUCGCAGGGACCUAAGCAUAAUGUAUCCAGAAAAAAAUUUGGUCUAUUGAAUGUGUAACCCUCAAUGAUGAAAACAUGUUCCUGGAACACCUGGUA